AUGAAUGUUGAACAGCGAGUUUCUCGGUUUCGUAAAGCUGGCUACCAGGCAAUUGAUCGCAUUUGUGAUCACCACUAUUCACUACAGAGUAAAGCGGUUCUACCCAACGUACAACCUGGUUACCUGAAGCCUUUAAUACCAUCGGCUCCUCCAGAGUCGGGAGAAGAUUUUCAAACUAUUGCCGAUGAUUAUCAAAGACUCAUUGUACCUGGUCUCGCGCAUUGGCAGCACCCGUCCUUCUUCGCUUACUUCCCAAUUGCAAGCACAUUCGAAGGCAUUCUCGGAGACCUCUAUGCCAGCAGUGUCGCCAACCCUGUCUUUACCUGGGCAUCCGGCCCCGCAUGCAGUGAACUAGAGGCCAUCGUCAUGGAUUGGGCAGCGAAGCUGUUGGGUCUGUCUCCUGGCUUCAUGCAUGAAUCUGGGACUGGCGGAGGAGUGAUUCUUUCGACUGCUUCAGAAUCUGCGAUGAUAGCUAUCGUAGCUGCUCGUGCAUCGUAUCAACGAAGCUAUCCGGACACUAAGCUCGAGGACCUUGUUAUCUAUGUCACGUCCCAGACUCAUUCGCUUGGCAUAAAAGCUGGUCUAGUGUUAGGGCUAUCUGUGCACAUCCUAGAGGUCCAAUCUGAGGACAACUAUUCAUUGAGAGGCGAUACUCUCAGCGACGCCUUGGAGCAAGAUGCUCGGGCUGGAAAAAAGCCGUUUAUCUUCAUUGCUACUGUGGGAACUACGUCCUCUGGGGCCAUCGAUAAUAUUCGUGAGAUCAAGGAAGUCGUCAAGGAGCAUCCUUAUUUACGCAUUCACGUUGACGCUGCUUGGGCCGGUGUAGCGUUCAGCUGUCCCGAGUAUCGAGAGACGGGCUAUCUCGCCGAUAUCAACGACGUUGCAGACUCCUUCUGUACCAACUUCCACAAGUGUGGUCUCGUCAACUUGGAAUCUUCUGCUUUUUGGGUUAAGAAUCGGAAAUACCUUACGGAAGCGUUAGACGUAACUCCGCCGUAUAUGAGAACAAAACAAGGCGACAACGACCGGACCCUCGAUUACCGCAACUGGCACCUUGCACUCAGUCGAAGGUUCCGAUCUUUGAAGCUGUGGUUCGUGUUGCGCAGCUUUGGAGUGCAAGGUUUUCAACAACAUAUCCGAAAGUCAAUCGGUCUCAAUGAUCUGUUCGUCAGCCUGGCCAAACAAUCUGAUAUCAUUGAAAUUCUGGUCCCGCCUUCCUUGGGCUUGACUGUCUUCCGAGUGAAUCCACCCUCUCAUCACCGACACAACCUGGAGUCCUUGAACGACCUCAACACGGCAUUUUUCGGUCGUUUAUCCACUCGGAACGAUAUUUACCUCACGCAAACGCUUUUGGACGGGGUGGUUUGCAUACGCCUUGCUGUUGGUGCCGUACAAACCGAAGAAAGUCAUAUACGGAACGCGUUUGGUAUUGUUGUGAAGGAAGCGACUCUGGCAAUAGAUGAGUGGAAACAGCGGCCUGUACAGUCCGCGUUGUAA